AUGGAGUCCGAAAGCUCCCGCCCAGCGGGGGGAAGUGGAGACAAAAAAAAGUAUGUCCAACCUACUGUUGAGGAACUCCAAACUCAAAUCGAGCAACUCAAAGCACAAAUUAAGACGCUGACCUUGACUCCUCCUCCCAAUGGCGUGCAUGGUAGUUCAAGUCAACAACAAGAAAUCCCUGGUGGAUCCGUCCAGCCAAACGGGACGUCGGCACCUCCCCCUCCCUCCCAGCCAGACCUCUCCUAUUUGGAGGCUCAUCUCACACCAGGCUUCCUCGGUGAUCCCGAUCACGGAAGGCCCCUCGCCCAGACUAUUCUUGAGCAGCCUAAUCCUCCCAAUUUUCAAAUGCCGCACCACCUGCCAGAAUAUUACGGGACUUCCGACCCGGAGGAUAACCUCAGUGCAUUUCAGAUACUGAUGCCCUUCGUGGGGGCAUCUGACGCUACUAUGUGCAAGCUCUUUCUUGCCACCUUACGGGGGGUAGCAUUUCAAUGGUACACACAACUUUGCAAUGGGUUAAUCCACAUGAUAACAGGUACUUGA